AUGUUAUUUUCGACAUCAUCAAAAGUGCUUUUAGCAGCUGCUGCGAUAAGUCUACCAGAUACCAUUAGCGCUCGCUGGAUUUCACCAAACUCAAAGCUUCUUGCCAAGUCGGCCCUUGGAACACCCCAAAAUGACGCCAUCAUCUACGCGUCCAGCGGCACUACAACCCUCUCUUCCAACGGGACAGCUGCUUCUGUCGUGGUUCUCGACUUUGGCCGCAAUGUCGAGGGCAUACCUACCUUCGAGGUUGUGUCUGCAUCUGGCGAUACUUCCGUCUUUGAGAUUUCGUACGGAGAAACCGAGGCAGCAUUCAGCGUGUACAUGAGCGAUGGACCACUUCCCCUGGCGGCUGCGAUGGACACUUACAGAGUCAACCGAUACAACAUCACCGGUCCCUCAAUCAUCUCCAACCGUCUUAUACAAGGAACCUUCCGUUACCAAAAGCUCAACCUAUCAACCUCGGGAGCCCUCACGCUACGCGACAUCGGUGUCAAGCCCACGACUUCUACCACGGCACUGACCCAACUUCCCGGUUCCUUCGAAUGCUCGGAUGAAGACCUCACCAGAAUAUGGAGCGUGGGAGCAAGGACGGUGCAGCUGACCGAGAUCCCCAAGAACUCUAUCCCGGACUUUCUGAAUGUCACGGAGGAGGGGGCCUAUGCCGAAAGUGCGGCACCCCAGGCCCUGGGAAGUGCCGUUGCUGCCCAGCUUCUCAACUAUCGCCUUGAAUUUCGAGUCAAGCCUGUCAAGGGCGGAUUUGGAUUUUCCGUUCUGUCAGACACCUUGAACAACGCCAUCUACAUCUCCUUCGAUCUCGACAAGCGCUCCAUCACGGCUCAUACUGGUUCGACCGCUUUAGAUACCCAGAUCGCUGCGGCUGAUAUCCCGGCCAACCUCACCCUGGCCCUCGGAUCAUGGCACUCUGUCCAUGCCACAGUCGACAUCACCGACGUCAGCGUCUCUGUCGACAACAUCGACGUCCUCAAGCUCUCCCAGUCCGCCCGCUUCUUCGGCUCUUUCGGUUUCGGCGCCUCCCUAGGCCACGCGGCUUACUUCCAGAACAUUACCGCAACCACGCCAACGGGCGACGUUAUCUACACUCACCCUCUGACCGACUGUUCCUUCCUUGCCGACUUCUUCAUGGGAGCCAACCCCGCCGACACCAUCGUCGACGGCUCCCGACGGGACCGCAUCGCUUACUCCGGCGACCUCGAUAUCGCGGUCGGAGCCGCCUUCGCCAGCACCUUUGGCACCUCCUUCAUUGACGGAUCCCUCGACCUCAUCGGCUCGUACCAAGUCACUCCUGGCUUCUUCACCCCCACAGCCAAGAUCCAGCAGGCGCCCCUGUCGGCUCCUCUGGACGUGAACGUCACCGGCCUGAUUGGGUAUUCGUUCAACUUCCUGACUGCCAUCGCGCAGAACUACGAGAUGAGGGGCAACCUGACGUUCGCCCAGACCUGGGCGCCCAAGGUUGUCAAGAUGCUCGACUGGGCGGACUCGCAGACUCUGCCGAACGGCCUGUUCAAUCUGGCAGAGGAUUUCGGCGGUGAUUGGAACUACUACGAUCCCCCUCAGUCUGGCGUCGUGACGAAGUUCAACGUUGUCUACGCGUACUCUCUGCAGCAGUGUUUGAGGCUUCUUGAAGACGCCGGUGUUGACGUCGCCGUGUACCAAACCCGACUUGACCGUCUGAGAGCUGCGAUCAACGAGAACCUCUGGAACGAAGAGUUGGGAGUCUACAUCAUGUCCGAGAAAUUCACAACCGGGUUUUCGCAAGACGCGAAUGCACUUGCCAUCCUCGCUGGCGUCCCUGGGGCACCCACCAACGGGUCAUCGGCCCCACUCCGGUCCGCGUCCUCCAUUCUCUCCGCUAUGGCCUCCGGACUCGCGGCCCCGGCCGGGGCCCUCGCGUUUUCCAAUGCCACCGUUGCUGCCGGCUGGGCCGAGAAGGUAAGCCCAUACGCUGCGGCCUACCACCUCCGUGCAGCGUUCGAGUCAGGCGACGCCUCAUCCGCCAUGAUGCUGCUCAAGAAGACCUGGGCACCGAUGGCAGACCCAACCAACGCAAACUACACUGGCUGCUUCUGGGAGACGCUCAACGCGGACGGCACGCCGGGGCUGGGCUUGGUGACGUCGCUUUGCCAUGGAUGGGCGGCGGGCUCUACAGCGGAGCUGAGCAAGCAUGUUCUUGGUAUUCAGCCAACGGUACCUGGAUUUGCCGGAUGGAAGGUCGAGCCACAGACAAUGGGCCUCCAGUGGGCCAAGGGUCGUGUCCCGACCGUGUUGGGGGACUUGGCUGUCGGCUGGCGGUUUGAAGGUGGGCUGCUGCGGAUGAAGGUCGAAAGCCCCUCCGGAGGGAACAGGGGUACGGUGUAUCUGCCCCAGCCGCUCCCAACCCCGAUUGAGAAGACCGUUAUCCGCAUCAACGGCGUUGUCGCCAACGGGUCUGCCUUUGAAGUUGCGGGAGGGGACGCAUUCGUAUUGACACAGGACUUUUCGCAUUGA